AUGGUCACAGGUCAAUGGAACCUUUUGAGAGUUUAGUUGAAGUGAAAUUAGCUGGAACUUUAGACAUUUCUGACAUCCCAAAUGGUUAUGAUUUCCUUUAUUUAAAAAAAGAGGUGUGACAAUCAUGUAAGCAUUUUACAAUGUAGUAACACAGCAGGUUGGUUGUAUUUGUAAAGCCCCUUUUCAUCAACAGUUGUCAUCGCAGAGUGCUUUACAGUAAAAAAAUAUAUAAUUGGCAGUGUUUUGAAUGCAGUCUUGAAAAAGUGCAAGUGAAUUACUGAUUUCAUCCCAAGAUGCACGAUUUUCCUGUUUUCCUGGUCCACCCUCACAACCCCCCUGUAUAGUCCUGGUCCACCCUCACAACCCCCUGUAUAGUCCUGGUCCACCUCACAACCCCCUGUAUAGUCCUGGUCCACCUCACAACCCCCUGUAUGGUUCUGGUCCACCCCACAACCCCCUGUAUAGUCCUGGUCCACCCCACAACCCCCUGUAUAGUUCUGGUCCACCCCACAACCCCCUGUAUAGUCCUGGUCCACCCCACAACCCCCUGUAUGGUUCUGGUCCACCCCACAACCCCCUGUAUAGUCCUGGUCCACCCCACAAUCCCCUGUAUAGUCCUGUUCCACCCUCACAACCCCCCUGUAUAGUCCUGGUCCACCCUCACAACCCCCUGUAUAGUCCUGAUCCACCCUCACAACCCCCCUGUAUAGUCCUGGUCCACCCCACAACCCCCUGUAUGGUUCUGGUCCACCCCACAACCCCCUGUAUAGUCCUGGUCCACCCUCACAACCCCCUGUAUAGUCCUGGUCCACCCCACAACCCCCUGUAUGGUUCUGGUCCACCCCACAACCCCCUGUAUAGUCCUGAUCCACCCUCACAACCCCCCUGUAUAGUCCUGGUCCACCCCACAACCCCCUGUAUGGUUCUGGUCCACCCCACAACCCCCUGUAUAGUCCUGGUCCACCCUCACAACCCCCUGUAUAGUCCUGGUCCACCCCACAACCCCCUGGUCCACCCUCACAACCCCCCUGUAUAGUCCUGGUCCACCCUCACAACCCCCUGUAUAGUCCUGAUCCACCCUCACAACCCCCCUGUAUAGUCCUGGUCCACCCCACAACCCCCUGUAUGGUUCUGGUCCACCCCACAACCCCCUGUAUGGUUCUGGUCCACCCCACAACACCCUGUAUAGUCCUGUUCCACCCCACAACCCCCUGUAUAGUCCUGGUCCACCCCACAACCCCCUGUAUGGUUCUGGUCCACCCCACAACCCCCUGUAUGGUCCUGGUCCACCCCACAACCCCCUGUAUGGUUCUGGUCCACCCCACAACCCCCUGUAUAGUCCUGGUCCACCUCACAACCCCCUGUAUAGUCCUGGUCCACCCCACAACCCCCUGUAUGGUCCUGGUCCACCCCACAACCCCCUGUAUGGUCCUGGUCCACCCCACAACCCCCUGUAUGGUUCUGGUCCACCCCACAACCCCCUGUAUAGUCCUGGUCCACCUCACAACCCCCUGUAUAGUCCUGGUCCACCCCACAACCCCCUGUAUAGUCCUGGUCCACCCCACAACCCCCUGUAUGGUCCUGGUCCACCCCACAACCCCCUGUAUGGUUCUGGUCCACCCCACAACCCCCUGUAUAGUCCUGGUCCACCCCACAACCCCCUGUAUAGUCCUGGUCCACCCCACAACCCCCUGCUGUGGGAUUAUUUAAGAUACUAUUUGAAGAGGUAGAGUUUCAGAUGUUUUUGGAAGAUGGGCCAGGACUCUGCUGUCCUAACUUCAGAGGGAAGCUGGUUCCACCAUUGGGGUGCCAGGACAGAGAAGAGCUUGGACUGGGCUGAGCGGGGGCUUCCCUCCUGUAGGGGUCGGAGGGCCAAGAGACCAGAGGUGACAGAACAGAGUGCUCGGGUUGGGGUGUAGGGUUUGAGCAUAGCCUGAAGGUAGGGAGUGGCAGUUCCUCUUGCUGCUCCGUAGGCAAGCACAGAGCAGAAAGCUUAGCUCCAACUUGAAAAACCUCAGGCAAAAAGUCUGUCAACUUAAAAUGAUGCAUUUGCUCAUGUUGUCUCAUAUGUUCAUUCAACUAGAAAGUUUUAACUAAAAAAGGCUGUGCAACUGGUUACACACACAGUGCUUUCAACAUACAAUGUUUUCAACUUACAUAUUUGACACACGUUAACACCCAUGAUUACAUUGUGCAUGUUCUUUUAUACAGUCAUUAUUAUUUCUCACCUGGGAUUUGAACUAACAACCUCUUGGUCCACAGUAUACCGAUCUUCCUGCCACACCACCAUGUCUGUGUCAAUGACUUCAAAGUAAAUCUCAGCUCUGUUAAAAGUACACUCAAGAAAAACUAUUUUAUUUAUCAUAGUGAUUAAGGAGUUACAUUAAAACAGAGUAAUAUGCCAACAUUAGACAAAAACAUCUUGUGAAGGCCUAAUUACAUAUGACGAACUAUGGUUGGCGAUUGAUUAUUUUCAGAUGGGGGAAACCCCUGGUCUCAAUGGCAUUCCAAUUUUCAUGAACUACUGAAAGGUCCAUUACUAUCAUGUUUUAAUGACUCAUAUAUAAAUGACAAACUGUCGGACACACAAAAAGAGGGACUGAUCUCUCUCCUACUGAGGCAGGAGCCAGGGGGGGGGGGGGGGGGGGGGGGGGGGGGCAAUACAAAGACCCAUUCUCUUUAUUGGAGGCCCUCAACCUUCAAUGUUGUGACACAAAACAAAAAUAUUGGCUAAAUGUAUUGCUCGUAGAAUAAAAAAGGUCCUACCAGACAUUAUUCAUCACGAUCAGACGGGAUUCUUAAAAGGAAGAUAUAUAUUGGAGACAACAUUCGACAACUACUAGAAAUAAUGGAAAACUAUGAGAAUGCAGAGAAACCAGGUAUAAUCUUUAUAGCAGAUUUUGAGAAAGCAUUUGAUACAGUAAGUCUCUAGAAUCUGUUGCCUGGAUUAUUUAAACUUUGGAGAAUCUCUCAUAAAAUGGGUGAAAGACAUUACGUUAUGUAAAAUAAUAAAUAACGGUUACUUCUCUGAGAACUUUGAAUUGUCAAGUGAUGUAAAACAGGGUUGCCCUCUGUCACCAUACCUAUUUAUUAUGGCCAUUGAAUUGUUACCUAUAAAAAUAUGUUCUAAUGAUAACAUUAAGGGGCUAAAAAUUUAUGGAUUAGAGACAAAAGUAUCGAUGUACGACAAUGAUUCCAGUUCUCUCUUGACUCCUCAAUCUUCAACCUUGAACGGCCUAAUUGAGGACCUGGAUAAUUUCUCCAGUUUCUCUGGACUAAAACACAACUAUGAGAAGUGUACUAUAUUACUGAUAGGGUCUCUAAAAGAAACAAACUUUAAAUUGACAUUUGGUCUCCAAAUUAAACAUCCAUUUACAGGAAGAUUACCCUGAUUCAUUCUCUAGUGAUAUCGCAGUUUACGUAUUUAUUAAUUGCCCUACUGACUCCAGGAGAAUCCUUUUUCAAAUAAUGUGAGAAAUAAACAUUUCACUUUAUUUGGAAUGGCAAACCGGACAAAGUUAAACAAGCAUAUUUACAUAAUGAACAUGAGUUUGGAGGGUCAAAACUAUUACAUAUUAAGGCCUUAAACCUCUCUCUUAAAGCCUCCAUUGUACCGAAAUUGUAUCUAAAUCCAAAUUGGUUUUCUAGCAAGCUACUAAGUAAGGCCCAUCCUAUGUUUAAGAGUGGGCUCUUUGCCUUUUUACAGAUUAAAACCUUCAUUCUUGGUGGAUUGACAAUGGAUCCCUGUUUAAAGUAUUCUCCUUUUUAAAUGAAGUCAUACAGAGUUGGCUACAAUAUUACAGCAAAUAAUAUGGCCAAACUCCAAUAUACUGAUAGAGAAAAACAUUAUUUUUUUGGGAAAUAAAUGUACAAGAAGGGUAUAAUAUUUAUGAAGGACAUUGUGUAGUGUCUGAAGGUCUAUUGAUUUUGCUGAUGUUUGCAAAUGGUGUAAUAGAUGAACUUUACUCUGCUUUGCUGAAGCAUUUGGAAAAGCAUUGCUACAUAGGCUUCUUGGAAUAGAGGACAUUUGGAGAUACAGUGGGGGAAAAAAGUAUUUAGUCAGCCACCAAUUGUGCAAGUUCUCCCACUUAAAAAGAUGAGAGAGGCCUGUAAUUUUCAUCAUAGGUACACGUCAACUAUGACAGACAAAAUGAGAAAUAAAAAUCCAGAAAAUCUCAUUGUAGGAUUUUCUAUGAAUUUAUUUGCAAAUGAUGGUGGAAAAUAAGUAUUUGGUCAAUAACAAAAGUUUCUCAAUACUUUGUUAUAUACCCUUUGUUGGCCCAAAGGGCACAGGUCAAACGUUUCUGUAAGUCUUCACAAGGUUUCACACACUGUUGCUGGUAUUUUGGCCCAUUCCUCCAUGCAGAUCUCCUCUAGAGCAGUGAUGUUUGGGGCUGUCGCUGGGCAACACAGACCUUCAACUCCCUCCAAAGAUUUUUUAUGGGGUUGAGAUUGGAGACUGGCUAGGCCACUCCAGGACCUUGAAAUGCUUCUUACGAAGCCACUCCUUUGUUGCCCGGGCGGUGUGUUUGGGAUCAUUGUCAUGCUGAAAGACCCAGCCACGUUUCAUCUUCAAUACCCUUGCUGAUGGAAGGAGGUUUUCACUCAAAAUCUCAAGAUACAUGGCCCCAUUCUUCUUUCCUUUACACGGAUCAGUCGUCCUGGUCCCUUUGCAGAAAAAACAGCCCCAAAGCAUGAUGUUUCCACCCCCAUGCUUCACAGUAGGUAUGGUGUUCUUUGGAUGCAACUCAGCAUUCUUUGUCCUCCAAACACGACGAGUUGAGUUUUUACCAAAAAGUUCUAUUUUGGUUUCAUCUGACCAUAUGACAUUCUCCCAAUCCUCUUCUGGAUCAUCCAAAUGCACUCUAGCAAACUUCAGACGGGCCUGGACAUGUACUGGCUUAAGCAGGGGGACACGUCUGGCACUGCAGGAUUUGAGUCCCUGGCGGCGUAGUGUGUUACUGAUGGUAGGCUUUGUUACUUUGGUCCCAGCUCUCUGCAGGUCAUUCACUAGGUCCCCCGUGUGGUUCUGGGAUUUUUGCUCACCGUUCUUGUGAACAUUUUGACCCCACGGGGUGAGAUCUUGCGUGGAGCCCCAGAUCGAGGGAGAUUAUCAGUGGUCUUGUAUGUCUUCCAUUUCCUAAUAAUUGCUCCCACAGUUGAUUUCUUCAAACCAAGCUGCUUACCUAUUGCAUAUUCAGUCUUCCCAGCCUGGUGCAGGUCUACAAUUUUGUUUCUGGUGUCCUUUGACAGCUCUUUGGUCUUGGCCAUAGUGGAGUUUGGAGUGUGACUGUUUGAGGUUGUGGACAGGUGUAUUUUAUACUGAUAACAAGUUCAAACAGGUGCUAUUAAUACAGGUAACGAGUGGAGGACAGAGGAGCCUCUUAAAGAAGAAGUUACAGGUCUGUGAGAGCCAGAAAUCUUGCUUGUUUGUAGGUGACCAAAUACUUAUUUUCCACCAUAAUUUGCAAAUAAAUUCAUAAAAAAUCCUACAAUGUGAUUUUCUGGAGAAAAAAAUUCUAAUUUUGUCUGUCAUAGUUGACGUGUACCUAUGAUGAAAAUUACAGGCCUCUCUCAUCUUUUUAAGUGGGAGAACUUGCACAAUUGGUGGCUGACUAAAUACUUUUUUUCCCCACUGUAUGUGGAGGCCAGGGAUUGGUCUGUCAAAAACCAACCAUUUUAUGUUACAUAGGAUAAAUACCACGUUUUGAACAAAGGACGGGGGAGAAACAACAUAUUAACAGAUUGGGCCGUUGUUCUCCAGAUAUCUGCAGAUGUCUGUAAAUUGAUACUGUGAUCUUUGAUGCAAUAAACCUUUGUAAUCAAAGUACAGUGUAAGCGGGCUUCUUAUCAUCACAGCAUAAUUAGCAACAUAUUUUGAGACACCACAAUUGUAAACAAGAACGGUAACAUUAUGUCACACAAGCAACUAACAACAGUGUAUGGAGGUGUAUGCUCAAUACAAUGUAUUUAUUAUUUUUGUAAGAUUGUAUUUAUUUUAUUUACAAAAAAAAUCCACAUACAAACGACAACAUACAGACGCACACAAACAUCCACAACAUCACCCCUGCCCAGACCCACCUGCUCACACCCCCAUCUCCAGCACCUGUAUCACUCCCCGCCACAUGGCAUCAAACUGCACCAUUUUGUUUCUCUCCAUCGACCCACGAACUUUCAACAUUUAGAUAAUAAAGCAUUUGAACUUUCCAUUGUGUUAACGAUUUCCAGUUUUUAAGAAUACGUUUUUUCCAAGAUGAUAGAUGAGAAAAGUAUGGUCCAACCCAUCGGGUAUCUCUGCAUCCUCAUAUGCCAUGUCUUGAAAUAAAAUGCAGACAGACGGCUUACAUUUACAUUUUAGUCAUUUAGCAGACGCUCUUAUCCAGAGCGACUUACAGGAGCAAUUAGGGUUAAGUGCCUUGCUUAAGGGCACAUCGACAGAUUUUUCACCUAGUCGGCUGGGGGAUUAGAACCAGCGACCUUUCGGUUACUGGCACAACGCUCUUACCCACUAAACUACCUGCCGCCCGGCUUAAAAGUAGAGUUUACAUUGUAAUACUUCUGACAGCCAACCUUUGGACUUUAUAUCAAUCCCAGAAGAAGGAUUAUUGAGUCAUUAUUCGUUUUACACUUUAAGACAUGACGUUGUGCUGUAGAAUUUGUGAAUGUUGAUUCUUGUAUAAUAAAUGAUAUACAUUAGUUUAUACUGGAUUAAGUGUACAUUUUCGUUAACUGUAUUUUGUUAGUUAUGUUUCAACACUCCUCCAUCUUGUGCCAACCAUCAGUUCUUUUUAAGUCUUGGUUCCAAUAGUUGAUAUUUUUCUGAGAGAUUGUCAGUUGGAUCGUCUUUCUGCAAGGUUUUGUAUAUUUUACCUAUCAUAUGAAUAAUUUUUUUUCUGACUCAAAUAGGGUACCCUCAAGAUCAGUCUGAUGGCCAAAAUAUUUCAAAUCGAAAUUUCUUGAUAUGUCACUUUUAAGUUGCAUGUAUUUGAAAAUAUCUACAUUGGUCAGUACAAAAUUGCUUUUUAAUUCUGUCAUGGAAAUACAUUUAUUUCCUGUUACCAAGUCAUUUACGGUUUCUAUGCCUUUAGGUUUCCAUGGGGACCAAUUUAUUGGUGAAUUCUGAAAAGCUAUUUUUAGAUUGUUCCAUAAGGUUGUGUUUUUAGGGAGUGAUAUUGGUUCUUGUAUAAUACAUUUCAUUUUCUUGCAUAUUGUUAUAGUGUUCUUAACUAUGAAGUUGUUAAUGUUCUUAGCUUUAUCCUUAGAAAAUAGACACAUAAAAAGACUCUGGGGAUGAGCAUGCACAUCUUCAAUAUGUACCCGUUGUUCUUCUUUAGUGCUUUUGCAGUGCCUUCAGCAAGUAUUCAAGCAUUCACCCCUUGACUUAUUCCACAUUUUGUUGUGUUACAGCCUGAAUUCAAAAUGGAUUAAAUAUUUUAAAAAAUCUCACCCAUCUACACUUAACACCCAAUAACAACAAAGUGAAAACAUAUUUUUAGAAAUUUAAUCAAAUGUAUUGAAAAUUCAAUACAGAAAUAUCUAAUUGACAUAAUGAUUCACACCCCUUAAUCAAUACUUUGUAGAAGCACCUUUAGCAGCGAUUACAGCUUUAUAUGAUAUUAUUGCACACAGAGUGAGUCCAUGCAAUGUAUUAUGUGACUUGUUAAGCAAAGUUCUACUCCUGAACUUAUUUAGGCUUGCCAUAGCAAAGGGGUUGAAUACUUAUUGCCUCAAGACAUUUCAGGUUUUCAUUUUUAAUUAUAUUGUAAAAAUUGCGGAAAAACACAAUUCCACUUUGACAUUCAAUUUAAUCGAUUUUAAAUUCAUUGAUAUGUAACAAGUCUGGUAAGACUUUUGCCAUUUUAUUGCUAUGAGCUUUGUUAUUUCGUCACAAUUUAUUAAAUUUAUGGGUCUGUAAUCAGCAGGGGACUCUCCAGUUUUUCCUGGUUUUAAUAUAACAGAAAUAACUGUUUAAUACAUGGAACUAGGAAAUUGAGUGAUGUGUGUUGUCAUGUGUGUAAAUAGGGGCGAUACUUUGUCCCAAAAUGUUAAAUAGAAUUCUAUGGAAUCUCUGUUUUUAGUUGGUGUCGUCAGGGGUCGGUCUCAUCUCCAGGGACUGACAGGUAGGAAACUAAAGAACCCAUAGAACACCUGAAUAUUAAAGACCUUCACUACUUCCUCCUGGCACUCACUGUAUGCUACCUGUGAGACUUCUCCUUUACCACCAGGGUCCGCAUCACCGUCCUCUGUAAGAGGCUGGUUGAAAUGGUGGUCCUUAGGAAAAAUGCCAGGGGGGGGGGGGUGAAUACUUUCGCAAGCCACUUCACAGUCCCCGCUGUUCCAUAAGGUGUAUUUUUAUCUGUUUUUUUAAAUCUGAUUUUACUGCUUGCAUCAGUUACCUGAUGUGGAAUAGAGUUCCAUGUAGUCAUGGCUCUAUGUAGUGCUGUGCGCCUCCCAUAGUCUGUUCUGGAUUUGGGGAUUGUGAAGAGACCUCUGGUGGCAUGUCUUGUGGGGUAUGCAUGGGUGUCCGUGCUGUGUGCUAGUAGUUUAAACAGAUUGAUCGGUGCAUUCAGCAUGUCAAUACUUCUUACAAAAACACGUAGUGAUGAAGUCAAUCUCUCCUCUACUUUGAGCCAUGAGAGAUUGACAUGCAUAUUAUUAAUGUUAGAUGCGCUCUGUUCAUUCUCCAUAUUCUGUCGCUAAGUGUAUUUUCUGUUGGUGUAAUUAAGCAUGUUACCGGAGAAUUUUUCAGAGCAUUUUUGGAAAUAAAAAUGUACUAAAUUCUUGAAUAGCUUUUCUUACUUUGAGAAAAAAAGGAGUAGUCUUUUGUAGUUGGGAAUAGUAAUCUCCAAGUGUCCUGUAAAUUAUUUGUAGAGAUGAAAAUGUUCAGCCUCUUUGGAGUUUCAAAAAAAUUGGAAGAGACAAUUACUUAAAGAAGAAAUUAAAGAAAUCCUCUGUCUGCCACUCAUUAAAAAACAUAACUGGCUUAAAUGAUUAGUAUAAAUUGAAAAAUGUAUCAGUUUCACUUAAAGUCAAAAGGUUUGACAGCAAUACCAUAUAAAGUUCAAGUCAGUUGGGAACAGGUUGUUGAUGUCCCAAUACCUUGGCAUCGGGUCUAUAAACUGACAUAUAAAACAACAAUUGACACAUCAAUCCGUUCAUUUCAAUUUAAGAUAUUAUAUAACAUACUUGCUACAAAAAGAAUGCUCAAUAUAUGGAGCAUUGAACAGUCAGCCUUGUGCAGACUCUGCAACGAGGAAACAGAAUCAAUAGAACAUAUUUUCUGGCAACUGUCCAUCGGUGGCUCGCUUUUGGAGUCAGGUCCAGGAAUGUUAUGUCAUAAUGUCAGGGUUCAGGUCGAUCUGCAAACUGUUUUGUUAGGGGAUCUGAAAAACUACGAUCAGUCAAUGGGAGAUAUCAUUAUACUCUUGGGUAAAGUAUUACUUUUUAGAGCAAUAUCAGUAGAAGUGUUACAAACGCGGAGGUUCAGGACCCUCGUAAGACAUCACAGUAGAAUGGAGGGAUGUAUUGGAAAAGGAAAUAGCAAAAUGGUAUUAUACUGGGAAAGAUGGGUUAAUCUGUGGACAUGGGAGGGUUGGAGUUCAGAUCAGAAUGAAUGGUGGAUCGGUCGCUGUGUGUGAAAAUCCAGCACUUAAAGAGGAAAUUAGGAAUAUAUGUAUAAUUAUUUAACUACAGGUACUGUAGAUGUGAGCAAAAUUAGGAUUAGAAAUGAUGCAAACAAUUACAUUGAUAGAACCCACAAUUUAUCUGCAAUAUUAAAGACACACUCUCUGCUUUUUGUGUCUUGAUGUGCCUUUUCAACGUUGUCUGAUGUGUUGACACACCAUCAACACAGAUACUGAGACGGUUGCAGCAGACCCUGAGGCCUGCGUCUGCUCCUUUUCUUAACUUGAAGAGGAAGAGGAAGAGGAAGACACAUGGCAGUUCCAGCUCUGAUCCUCCCACUCAAUCCAUCCAGACAUGGACAUGUUCUGCUGUCACACGGUCCAGGAUUCCUUACUGAGAUCUGACAGCCGCUUCACGAACUACAGAGGGAUUCUCAACUGGAUCAUUAUCCUUCUGAUCCUGACCCAUGCUCACCUGUUCCUGGAUAACGUUAUACAACAUGGCUUCUUAAUUGACUUGAGGAAAGUCUUGGAGCACCUUAUGGAGGACAAUUAUAACCAGACAUCUGUUAACCUGUUACUGGCUGCCAAUAUGUUUGCUAUUGCUGCUCUGCAACUUGAGAGGUGUCUGGAUAAGGGAACACUGUCCCCCAGCGCAGGGCAUUGUUUACACCUGGGAUUACUAAACACUGUUUACACCUGGGAUUACUAA